GUCAGAACUAUAUUGCAGCAAGAUGUUGCAUCUGCUGACAGCACUAUGGUCUGCCCAGCUGCUGCAUCCAGUUGCUCACAAGUGAUAUUAACAGCUCAACAAAUUUUUGAACAUUCUUCCUCGUUUUCUCAAAUGAAGCAGAAUUCACCAUCAACCCAAAACUUGUCCAAAACUUCUAGUGAUCCUGUGACCUUAAUUUCUUCAAGUGAUAAUCCUUCAGUGCACACAAGUUAUGCCUUUGUAUGUCAUGACACUACCUGUUCAACUCCCACAUCUGAUUCCUGUGUAACAUCACCCCCAUCCUCUGGUAAUGGCUUCUCCACUUCAUCUUCUCUGUUUUCAGUGUCCCCUGCAUCUUCUGUGAUUUCAAAGACUACCUCUGCUCCUUCAAAUUUGAAUGAAAUUGUAAGCUAUUCUGUGAUUGGCUCCAGUGCUGUCAUAGAGUCAGGAUCUCCAC